AUGCCACAUCAAGAAAGUAUCAUUCAGUUGAAACAAGCCAUAAAAGUUUGGGAACAUGAAUUUCAACGCUCAAAUAAAAGAAUACCAUCGAGACUGGAUAUAAAAGUGGACCCUAAGGUUUAUGAAUUAUAUAAGACAUAUAAGGUUCUAAAGGCUAAAACGAAUAAUCUCCGUAAUAUUCAGGAUAAAAGAGCAUUGGAAUCAGCAAAUAUUGGUAUAGAUAUUAAUAUGUCAGAAUCACAGUCAGAUAUUGAGGAUGUUGAAGAAUUCAACAAUGAAAAUUCAGACUCUAGUAAUAAUCAGCUUGAAAAUCAAGAUACGGAAUUGGGGCCAACUCCUCAAGCCAAUGGAAAAGUAUUGUCUUUUCUUGAUAUAAGACUAACACCGCCAGAUUCCUCGCCUUUGAAGAAUAAGGCAAGCAAGGGUACAGAUACGUAUAGUAGGCAGGAGGACGAAGUUCCAGAAGACACGUUCAAGACCCCAACUAAAACGAGAGUGAAUAGAAUUAACCUUCUGGAAUUGACUCCUACUAAUAACAGAGGGCCUAGAAACAAAUCAUUGAUGCAGAAACUUGAACAGGCUUCAUCUGCUAAAAAUACACGUAUUGAAAUGCAUACGCCUGAAGGAAAUAAAGUGUCUCUUUUGCAUAAUAUGGAAACGCCGCAAUAUUUGGCCAAAGUUAAUAAUAAGUUCAACUUCGAUAUGGAUGAUGAUUCCAACGACAAGGAUUAUGUAGUAGCUGAAGGCUUACCUAUAAAUUCAAUUUCCUCAAUUAGAUCGAAUAUUAUAGAUCCAAUUACGCCAACAAAACUGCCAGCAUCCUUAAACUUUCAGGUUUCACCAUCACCUUUAAAACCACAUAGGCUAUUCUCGUUUGGAAAUAACAGAAAGCUUUCUGAUAUUUUCAAUGAUUACAAAAACAUCAAGGAAGACCCGGAUUUGAUAAAUGGCAUAGAAAAUGAGGAAGAAGCUGCUGAAUUAGAUGAUAAUGAUGACAUCAUAGAUAGGGAUACAUCGACCAAUGUCCCAAAAAGAAAAAGAAUAACGCAAAAGCGUACAACCAGAAGAUGGAAGAUUAAACCAAACAUGGAAGAAACUAAGGAAGAUAAGUUAAAGAAUGCUAAUAUUCAUGAUGAAGUCAAAAAAAUUGAUGAUGAAGCCCGGAAGAAUCUUGUGGACUAUAUGGAGGUGAAUGACAUGCAUGAAGAGGACGAAACAACUAGUGAAGAAGAAUAUGUCCACCAAGACCCAAAUCAUAAAGAUAUGAAAGGAAAAGUUAAACCAGUGAGAACGAACUAUCAACGGCUCAAGAUUAAUGACCCUAGAAUAAAGAAAUUCAAAAAACGAAUGCAAAAUCGUAGAUAG